UAGAUAAUAAAUCGAACUUUUGGUACCUUCGAAGACAAGUCACCUCACUUCGAAACCACUCGAUGGUGCGCCCCUUAUAUGCCUGCACGAAAAACCAAAUACAGGACACCGCUACAUCAAGUUGUGCUCGAAUCGGAUCGAGUUUGAUGGGUGAUCCGACGAGGUUGUUUUUCAGACAACUUGAGUUCGCAGCUAAAUUCGAUUUCAACGUGCGUGCUAACCCCAAUCGGGUCCUACACAGUAAAGUGAUGUUUGGGUUACAGAGAAUGUGAAACGAUCGCUGGUAGCCAACCGGUCAAUUAGCAGUGAUGACAUGCACCAGAUCACCGAGUUUCAAGAGUUUCUAGCCAGCUGGUUUUGACACUUGUGGGUGGUGUCGUCGAAGCCUGAAAUGGACCUUAGCCGCAGACUGAAGGAUGCCGUAAAACCGCUACAGAAAUCUGCUUUCGUUCAAGAUCUUCAGGAAAAGGUUCAACAACUGAGAAGUCCAAAUUCGGAAACAAAGAAUCAUUUAGAGAGCGGAACCUUUCUUGAGGACACUAUCGUGCCCCAGCGAGUGCCGAUCCAGCAUGCGCUUAAGGUAGACCCUGCCGUAGAGGAAGCUCUCUUAGACUCAAUCGAUCCUCGAUACUAUGAUGAGAAGUUUGACUCAUCGCUGUUUGAACUGGAGAAACUAGCCGAUGGUGUACCUCCUGAGUUAGUCAACAUUAAUCGGCAAGUACUGGAGAAGCAGCUCGCUGUCGUUACCAACAAGGUGUAUCAACUGAUAGUCGGAAAGCAGUCGGAGUACUCUGCAGAGAUCGUCCAUGUUGUGGCAUUACAGUCUCGACUAACAGACUGCCUAGCCCAGUGCGUGGAAGCGCGCAGAGCACUCAGGCGCACCCAGACAGAUUUUACUGAUGAAAACCUCAGAGUUCUUCAAUGUGCCAGACGAAGAAACCUCUUAAUGGAUACACUGUCAAAGCUGUCAGUGAUCAAGACUUUGCAUCAAACAGAUAUCCGUCUCUAUGAGCUCCUUGAAAUGCGCGAAUAUCCCACCGCUAUACAGCUUUUGCUGGAGUGUCGUCAAGCAUUGCAGGACUACCAGCAGUUCGAUUGUAUGAAACAACUCUCCCUAAAAUUUGACCGUACCCUUGAAAAGACCGAGCAGCAACUGGAUGUAGCUCUUUCAAAGCUCUGCUUGGACUACAAUGAAGAGGCGUAUGCGAAGCUCACUUCGGCGUUGACGCUUCUUGGCCGCGGUCCCAACAUCCUUGAUCAGCUCCUUAUGCACUUUACCUUAACUAUCCACAAUCUUUCACUGGUUACCGUCGCAAAGCAUGGGCAACAUGGGGAGCCUGGCAAAAAACAGUACGCUGAUCUUUGCCAAGCAGUUAACGAAGAUAGAUAUCCGGAAUGCUUACGAGAACUGGCCCAAGCGUUCUUUAGGCUAAUGGUGAGCUAUCGACAAGUUCUUGAAUGGCACGAACGAGGCGUGAAGGAUGAAGAAGAUGACAGUGAUAGCGCCCAUAGCCACAGGAGUGAGCCGGAAGCGGCUAAUGGAGGUGAUGCUAGCGACGUUCCUGUAAGCUCCUCGGAGCAUCAUCCACCCGUGGGUACAUUGAAAUCGCAGCCCGCCGAACCAAACAACAUGCUGGGUUCUCCGGCAUCCUCUACGCACAGUAGUCCCUCAAAGGAAAAAGUGGGCGAGAAAUGUCUGGCCCGUCAGAAGCUUCGGAAUGGUUUACAUAGGCUUUGGUCGGACAUGCAGCAGAAAUUCAAAUUGCUCCUUAGCUCCUUCAGUUGGCAUGCUACGACAGAAUUUGAUAAAUUCAUCGCUGUGAUAAAUACUACAAAGGUAAUGGUAGAAGUGGGUGAGUUAUUUUGUGAACAGUCAGGAUGCAGUAGCGACCUGGAGACGAGCGCUGAGGAACAGUGUCUGCGUUAUUUACACUCAUAUCACGGUCAAAGUCUGGCAACCUUAAAAACUUACCUGGAGCACGAAUCGUGGGAGCUAAUGCCAGUGCGAGAUGGAUUUUCCCUGGAUAAUCUUCAUGAAUUUUGCUUCUUGCAUGCUGCUCAAGAAGCCGCUAGGAGCGAAAAAAUGCUGCCAUCUUCAUCCUCGCCUUUGAAGACACUCUCAGAAAACGAGAUAUCAUUUACGCCCGACGCACCCGACCCGUUUGCCGUCGAGGUGGCUGUACAAUCAAGCGACUUAGACAAUUCGAUAUUUGAAGAUGAAGGAGGAGACGAUGAAGACGAUGAUGAGAAGAAAUCAUUGCAACAUCGAUUUCCGAAGCAUGCCAUCACGAACACGUCGCUGACUAUUUUUCGUCUUCUUGGUCGCUACCUAAAUAUGAUGGCGGCUCUUGGUGGAGGUCAGAAAGUGACAGCGCUUGGCCUGUCUUCUGUAGUUCAACUCUUCGAAUACUACCUUCACACAGUGUCAGCUUACUUCGCAAGCGAGAGCGCUGAAAAUUUCCCAUGGAGUGUUAGUCCUUCAUGCCGACGAGUGCUUCAACGAAUAAAGGAAUCAUUAAGUUCAUGCUCUGAAGAGCUUCGAGUACAGCUGCCAGAUUUAACUCCAUUGCAGGACGGGGCCAUGGACACCUUCAGUCUUCGCAAACGGGUGGCAGCUUGCGAGAGCUUAACGUUUCUCUCCGUACAGCUGCAACUACUCCUUCCUCAAGUCGAAGGUCGGGAGAGACGAGAAAACGGUGAUAUAUGUGGUUCUCAACAUGUUUCAGGAAACAGUCGAGAAAAACUCGACCAGUUUACUGUAGAUGCCGAUUGCGCUCGCGAACUCUACCACUCUGUUUAUCUAGCAGUACCAGCAAAAUUUAUAAAUUUACCUCAAAUCCUUGACCUAAUGUCCAGUGUCAACUGGGAUCUAAGGGACAUUCAAACCCAACACAGCCCCUAUGUCGACCUACUGCUACAACAACUCACGAACUUAGAGCAGACUCUUUGGGAUAGUAACCUCCCUAAAGAAGUUCUCAAGCAUUUUUGGAUUGUCACGCUGAGACUCUGUUCACAGGCGUUUAUCGAAGGAUUUGCAAGUGCAAAAAAAUGUUCCAACGCUGGAAGGGCGCUUAUGCAACUUGACUGGCAACAGUUCUUAUCGAAGGUGGAACGUAUGCGAGUCAAGCUAAAACCAGUUCCUGACCAGACGCAGGUAGAGGCUCUCGUGAGAGCGUACUACCUAAUUGACCGUCCUCUAGAAGAAUGGCUUGUGACAAACGGACCCUUCUACUCAAAAAAACAGCUGCUUGGCCUCGUUAACUCCAUGAGUCAUGUUAAUCGGAGGGCGCGACAAAGCCUCGUGCAAAUGAUUGAGGAACAGCGAUAGAUGUUAUGAAGGAUUCCGCUACCUUGGGACGACCAAACGCAAUCUAGUGUGCAAGUCAUGGAAGUAGCAUCUGCCGGCAUUACGUGUUGUUUACCUGUUGCAUUCGACCUCCCGAAUAAAAUGGUAGAGGAAGACGAAAAUGCAUUGCGUGGAUUUGAGGACCGACUACAAAAGGCCAUUUCGGAUCUUGAAGAUGCUCUUCUAGGAGUCUCAGACAAGGAGAUCCUCAAGGAGCUUCAAAAAAAACACAUCAUCCAGGACGAUAAAUCGUUUUGUUCGUUUAAAGAUAAGCUCAAACAAGCGUCCUGUUAUCAACCAUCGAAAUGUGACUCGAAAAACUCAAGCUGUAAUAGUACCGAAGACGAUGUUGCACCGUACCUAAAUUAUGAAAAAAACUCCUCAAACCUUGAUCUAAGUAUUUCAUCUUACUUGAAAAUUCCGAUUUCCGACAAGCUAGCGUCUUCUGCUACACCUGUGGAGGAAAUACCCACGAUACGUUCUGAUUUUGAGUCUUCGACGGAAAAUUCCGAUUCCGACUUUCCCUUAGAGAAUUUGUUAUCUCGCGAAGACCUGAGUGAUAAGAACAUUCAAAUUUUAUCUGGAUAUUGUCGGUCUCCUCUAAUCGUUGAUGAGCUGAUAGAGUCAAAUCCGGAGCUGCCACAACCUUUUACAAAUAGCGAUUUUACCACUCAGAGGCUAACUGCAGCAACAAACGGAAACUUGAGGCCUAGAACAGGUCACAAGAAAAAAUGGUUAACUUUGACAGAGAAUCGGACUGCAGCGGCAGGACAUGAGACGAUUGAGCAAUUUGUGCGACGCAUUUGCAGCUCUCAGCUCGAUCUUAUCGAUAGUCUAUCAACUCGACCUCGAAAUGUGUGGGCGCCUACGAAGCCUCGUUGUUCACCGCAAGUGCGAUAUCAACAGUAUCGACAAUUCUGGGAUAAAUUUCCG